UGAACCUUCCACUUCCACACUCUCUCACUCUGCUCUCUCUCUCUCUCUGUGUAUGCAAAAGCAGAAAAUAUCUCUGGUUUUUCAGUUUUGAGUGUGUGUGUGUGUUGUUACUUGUUACUUACAGAUAUGGAAGCGAGAGAACACAUUGAAGAGAUACGUAGAAAAAAGUUCUCCAUUGGAGGGGAACAGAACCCAUUAACUGAGGAUCUUCAUCAAGCUGUCAAGAACCUCUCUGCUGAGCUUUAUGCCAAGGAUGUACAUUUUCUAAUGGAGCUCAUUCAGAAUGCUGAAGAUAAUACUUACUUGGAGGGUGUGGAUCCAUCUCUUGAGUUUGUCAUAACUUCUGAGGACAUUACAGCCACAGGGGCUCCAGCAACAUUGCUGAUUUUCAACAAUGAAAAAGGUUUCUUGUCAAAAAACAUUGACUCUAUUUGCAGUGUUGGUCGGUCCACCAAGAAAGGCAAUAGGAAAUGUGGUUAUAUUGGAGAGAAAGGAAUUGGAUUUAAGAGUGUCUUUCUAGUUAGUUCUCAGCCAUACAUAUUCAGCAAUGGAUAUCAGAUACGGUUCAAUGAAAAUCCUUGCCCACAUUGCAAUCUUGGGUACAUAGUUCCUGAAUGGGUCGAGGAGAACCCAACACUUUCUGACAUCAAAAAAAUAUAUGGUUCUGGGACUACUCUUCCAACAACAACAAUAGUCUUACCUCUGAAGUUCGAUAAGGUCAAACCUGUGAAGCAGCAGCUCUCAAAUGUUCAUCCUGAAGUUCUAUUGUUCCUAUCAAAGAUUAGGCGGCUUUCAGUAAGGGAACAUAACAAUGAUCCCAGGCUCAAUACUGUAAGUGCAAUUGCAAUUACAAGUGAGACUGAAUUGGUGGUGAGGAAGAACAUUGAUGCUGUGUCCUACACAAUCCAUCUCUCUGCUGAUGAAAAGGGUAAGGAGUCUGAGGGAGAAUGCAGGUACUUUAUGUGGAAGCAAAAGUUUCCUGUCAGGCAGGAAAACAAAGUGGAAAGGAGAAUGGAAGUUGAAGAGUUGGUGAUCACAUUGGCUUUUCCUUUUGAAGAGCGCCUCCAUAGGGGAAUGAGCUCACCUGGGAUCUAUGCAUUUCUUCCCACAGAGAUGUUUACCAACUUUCCCUUCAUAAUUCAGGCAGAUUUUCUUCUUGCCUCAUCAAGGGAAACAAUUCUCUUAGACAACAAGUGGAACCAAGGGAUUCUUGACUGCGUGCCCUCUGCUUUUAUCAAUGCGUUUGUUUCACUAGUUAAAAAUUCUGAAAAUGUUCCAAUGUCUAGUUUGGCUCCCAUGUUCAGGUUCAUUCCCAUCAACAGCUCUUCUUAUCAAGAGUUGAAUGUUGUCAGGGAGUCCAUCAAAUCAAAGCUUCUUGAAGAAAGUAUUCUUCCAAGUGAGUCUUACAUGGAGCAGAGGUUCUUUCAUCAACCUCAUGAAGUUGGUAGGCUUAUGCUUGCUUUCUGGACCAUUCUGGAGAAGGCUAGGAAGCUAGGGGUGAGCCUGUUUCAUCUUUCAUCACAUGGAAAGUACAUUUUGAGCUCUUCAUUUGAUAGAACAGAAUAUGAUCACAUAUUGAAUUUCUUGGGUGUGGAACUAGUCAACAAAGAAUGGUACGCAAAGUGCAUCCAAAGUUCUAAACUUGUUGAAGGAGUGUCAGAGGAUGUGUAUUUGGAGAUUUUACUAUUUAUUGCUGAUAACUGGAGGUUCAAAUUUGACUCUACCAACAUCAAGUACAUACCACUAAUAAAAUAUGUGGGUCUUUAUGGCGAGGUGUCUUUGUGUAGCAUAAAUGAAUCCAUGCAGUUGAAUCGUGACAGAGUGGUGUCGUUAUCCCGUCAUUCUGAGCAUAUCUCAUGGCUGAUUGAUUGGAACAAGGAAUUCAAAUGUCCAGCCAAUUACUUUUUUUGGCCGAAAAGCACACAAGAAAGUAUACGGUUCUUCACUAAGAGGGAUACAGUGUUGGAGUGGCUACGAGAUCAUGUGAAGGUUGGUGCUAUGAGCGUCUAUGAGUAUGCAGAUCACCUUAACAAAUAUCUCAAUAGUUGCCAGAAGCGUGCUAUUGCCUUUGUUCACUUCUUGUACCACUCACUUCAAAAGUCUUACCUUUCCCAAUGGGAGGUUGGUGUUUUAUGUGAUUCUAUGCCACUUGUGGAUAACUAUUGGAAUCUAAAGACACACAGAAAAGGGGUCCUUGUCCCUGCCAAUGGAAGCAAAUGGGUAAGAUUGAUUGGUUCAAAUCCAUGGACAAAUGAAGGCUAUGUUGAGUUAGCAGAAGACUACUUGCAACCAGGCUGUUUUGCAGGUCAAUAUGCUUCUGGAGAAAGACUCUUAGAGUUCCUUAAAACCCAUGUCGGAGCUUCUGAUAUCCCUUAUAUAUCUCCUCCUAAUGCUACAAUUCCUACGGUCUCAUCACCACUCACCAAGCAAAAUGCAUUCUUGCUAUUGGGUUGGAUUCGAAACCUGAAAUGUAGAGAAAUUUUCAUUCCCGAGAAGUUCUUGAAAUGCAUAAAGGAAGGUAGCUGGCUGAAAGUUACUACUAGUGGCUGUCCUGGGUACCGGCCACCUUCGCAGUCAUUCAUGCUUUCCUCCGCAUUGGGAAACAUUUUGCAGAAUGGAUCAGUGCUUGUUGAUAUUCCAUUGCUUGAUAUAAGGUUUUAUGGUGAUGGAAUAAAUGAGUAUAAGGAGGAGCUAAAGAAAAUUGGAGUUAUGUCUGAGUAUGUGGAAGCAUGUAAAUUUAUUGGGGAGCGUCUUAUGUCUUUCAAAUACUCCAAUUUAACUAUGUCAGUGCUAAAUUUCAUUAGAUUUUUGAGAAAAAGUUUUCUUCCCCUGGAUGAAUUCAUCAACAAUAUCAAGGAUAAGAGAUGGCUAAGGACAUGCUGUGGUGACAGGUCUCCUGUUGAAUCUGUUUUGCUUGAUGAGGAAUGGAAAACUGCAUCGCAAAUCAGUAACAUCCCCUUCAUCGAUAAAGAUGGAGAGGAAAUCCUUUCUUUUAGAGAGGAACUCAAGUUGCUUGGUGUGAUAAUUGGCUUCAGUGAUCAUUACCAACUUGUUGUAGACAACUUAAAAUCACCUUCACGCUUGACUUCUCUGACACCUGAGGCUGUUCUUUUGAUACUGGAAUGUAUGCGUCGUCUAGGAUCUUCCAACAAACUUGUUGAGGCUUUAAAAGGUGUGAAAAGCUUCAAGACGAAUUUUGGUUACAAGUCUCCAGGAGAAUGUUUCUUGUUUGACCAUCAGUGGGUUUGCAUUCUACAGGUUUUCAAAGUUUUUCCAAUAAUUGAUCGUGGUUUCUAUGGAAGCAGGAUUUUCUUUUACCGAAAUGAAUUGAAGCAAGCCGGGGUGAAGGUAGAUUUUGAGGUGGCGGCCAACGAAUUUGCUAAAAGAUUCAGAGAACAGGCAUCUUCCAUGACAGAUGAAAAUGUUCUCUCUUUUCUGUCAUGUUUUAGACAGCUAAAGGAUACGGAUCACAAGUUUCCUUCAGAUCUUAAGAAAUGCAUCCGUGAGGUCAAGUGGUUGAGGACUACGUUAGGUAUCAGAAAAACUCCAAGCGAGUGCAUUCUGUCUGGGCCAGAUUGGCUAUCAAUUUCACCAAUUACUGUCCUCCCUUUCAUACGAGAUACUGAUAACUAUUAUGGCAAGGGCAUUCAUGAAUACAAGAAAGAGCUGAAGAGCAUGGGAGUAGUUGUUGAAUUAAAAGAUGGUGUUGAGUUUGUGGUUGCUGGUCUUCACUUUCCCUCGGACUACACCCGCAUAACUCCUGCAAAUGUGUUUUCACUGCUGAAAUGCUUUCAGAUUUUAUUGCAAGAUAGUAGUUAUUCCUUUCCAGAUGAUUUCUCAAAAAGAAUUUGCAAGAAAUGGUUGAAAACCACUGAAGGCUAUCAGCCUCCAGACAAGUGCUUAUUGUUCGAUUCUAGUUGGGGCACUUAUUUGGAGCGGACAGAUGGACCUUUCAUUGAUGAAUAUUUUUAUGGUUCUAAUAUUAAAUCCUACAAAAAAGAGCUCAAGGCAAUAGGAGUCACCGUUGAUGUUGAGAAAGGAUGCUCAUUGAUUGCCAGCCACCUUGAUUCUCAUGUUCAAUUUUCUAGUAUUGUUCGAAUAUAUAAUUACUUGAGCCAGUUUAAUUGGGUGCCAGACAGUGAAGUUGCGAGAUGGAUUUGGAUCCCAAAGGGAAGUCAGUAUGGAGAGUGGGUGAGGCCCGAAGAAUGUGUUCUGCAUGACAGGGAUGGUCUCUUCGGUACACAGCUGAAAGUUCUUGACAAAUAUUAUAAACCAAAUUUGCUUAACUAUUUUUCCCAUGCUUUCUGUGUUAGAUGCAAUCCUUCAGUUGAUGAUUACUGUACGCUUUGGGAGGCUUGGGAAAGUUCAGGACACCAAUUGUCACAUGCUGACUGCCUUAAGUUCUGGGUUUAUGUUUCGAAGCACUGGAGUGCAAAGACCGAGAGAACUCUCACUGAUAAGCUGUUGAAACUGCCAGUUGCUUCCAGCUCAGUUGAAAUUUUGCUGUUCAACAAGAAUGAUGUUUUUAUUGCUGAUGAUCUUCAGCUGAAGGGUCUUUUUGAACAAUUUUCUCCUCAACCUGUUUUUGUCUGGUACCCUCAGCCAAGUGUGGCUUCUUUACCUCAGAUACAGUUGUUUGAUAUUUACAGGAAAAUUGGUGUUCGCACUAUAUCUGAAUCUGUAAUGAAGGAAGAAUCAUCCUCAGUGGAUGUUGAGAAACUGAAUCAGGUGAAUCCAAAGGAGAUUUUGAUUACAAAAGGUCUGGUUACACUCAUUCUUGGUUUUCUAGCAAAUCCUGUGAUGAAAAUGGAAGCAGAAAGGAGGCAUGAAACUAUCCGAAGGCUUCUGAAUAUUACUUUCCUUGAGACAGUUGAACCGAUAACUGUAAACUACAGUUUAUUACUUUCUUCAGGGGAGACUGUUAAAGCAAGAGCAAACCGAAUGAUACGCUGGGAUAGAGAGGCGUCUAAGUUUUUCUCACAGAAGUUAGACAGGUCUAGUGGAUAUAAGAAUCUCAUUAAAUAUGCUACAUACUUUUCUGAAGCAAUAUCUGAGGGCGUGUUAUGGGAGAACAGCGAGCAUAUUGGUGCACUCUCUGAACUGAUCAAGCUGGCUUUCAUGCUGCAAUUUAAUGAGGAAGCAGUAAGGUUUUUAAUGAAGUCCAAGAAUUUGCAAAUUUUCUUGGAGGACGAGGGGUUCCUUGCAUCUGUCUUUCCUUCUGACUAGUCAGAUAUAUGCCAUGAACUGUUAAUAUUUGUAAGUGUUUCUUUCGAAUAUUUCUCGCAUGUUUAUGAGUUUGUUUUUGGCGUAAAUGUCAAAAGAAUGAAUCAGUUGCUUCUAUUCUGAUUCUAUUGGUCAGUCAUAAGGUGUUAACCUUAUAUUGUUUUGUCCUAGGUUUUCCUUUGUUUGUAUUUCUAUCUUGAGGUGAUACUCUUGUAAUUCUGAACUAAAUGGUAAUGUUUGGUAUUGAAAUGUAUAUAUAUUUUUGUGCCUCAA